ACGCUGCAUUCGUAAAAGCGAACCCGUAGAAUAAACCCCUACAAUACCAUCCGUAAGAUUAUUGUUAUUGAUGCAGUGAGCUAAGUCGUGCGUACGACUUAUCUUAAAAAUAUAUAUUAAUAAUAAUUAUUUAUUUCUCGAUUCGCGAUCAAAUAAUAUAUCUACCACGUCACACAAGUGUUUCAAGUGUUUGCAUAGGAAUUUUACGGUCAAAAUGAAAACGUUGACUACGUCUAAAAUGUGUAUGUUGUACUGCGCGUUAUUCGUAUGCAGUUUCGCUUCGGCUGUCAGAACCGCCAAUACGAGUAAUACGACUGUUGAUACUGAUACUAAAAAUAAUAAAAAUAAGACCGUUUUAGAUUCAAAUGAGGAUUCGAUAGAAAAACAUGAAGAUUGGACUAUAACACAUCCGCCAAAACCGGAAAAAACUUCCAUUGAGAUUUUGAAAUACAGUUCGACAACGACUCCGGGUACUCCGUCUGUUACGGAUUUGAAUGAAUUCACUACGGAGGUUUUAUCAAAUUCAACAAGUCAGCCAAAAUCAGAUAAUAGUAAUAAUCCAUCAGUUACGGCUUUGCCGACGAACGUCGUCACUUGGUCAAAACCUAAAGAACGCGUAACUACGCCUGUACCCACAACGACGGAGAGUAGAAAAAAGGGGUCGUCGAAAACGAAAAAGACAAAGUGGGGACAUCCUUCUCUCAGCCGCAUUACACAUAUUUUGCUAUCCCAUAAAUCUCGUUUACAAACUAUGGAAGAAGAAUCUAAGGAACAACUUAAGAGUCCUAAGUAUAAACGCGCCAAAGAUAUUUGCAUAUAUCCCGAUGUCAGAAAAUAUUUAAUACGCUGCCAAAAUAAAGCAAAGGCAACCCGGAAGACCAGAAUUCAGGAGCAAUAUGAAAAUAAACAACAGACAAAGGUAAAGACUUCGGCCGAAAUUGAAUUAGAAAAAAUAGAAAAAUGGAAACGUGACCAGGAAAUAUUGGAUAUGGAUUCCAAAAGAUUUGAAAGCAUUUUAGAUAUUUUUGACCAAUACCAUUAAGAGUUGGUCCUGUAAGUCCGAGAAUGCAGCACAUAAAACACCACAGGAUUGUUGUGUUCUUUCAAAUAAUCUAUUAAGACAAAAAUAUCUUAACAAUAUUUAAUAUAAAAAUACAGUAGGUAAACGUGUCCUGUACUAUUUGCUGUAGGCCUGUAUAUCUACUUAUAUUAUAUACUUCGUUUAUUGAAAUACACCAUUUUAAACGUCCCAUAAUUGUAUCUAUAUAUAUACUGUUCAGUGUUUUCUUACAACUCUUGAGGAUGGUAUGAAAUGAAAAGAAUAAUAUGAAAUUAUAAUUUUUAUAUUUAUAUUAGCUAUAGUUUACAUUCUAUAUGACAUUUUAUA